AUGACCACCAGCUCGGAGCGUCCGGAGAUCCGCACGCGCUUCGACUCGCACGACGAGAGUCACCGACUGCAUCUUGUUCCUCCUUCGUCCGCUGAUCGCUCGCCACUCAAGUCGUGGCGCAAUCUGCCAAGUCCAUUGGGCCACCACCACUUACUCGAAAGUCAAUUAGAAUACGAAGAGAUUGAAGAGCAAGCGAAGAAGCAAGGACGGACAAAGACCCGCACUAUCAACCACAUUACUCUUGGCUUCAUCGCGUACUUUGCUGUGGCCGCUGGACCUUUCGGGGUCGAGGAUGCUGUGAGAGCAGCUGGAGCGUACCCGGUGCUACUGGCUGUAGUGCUACUACCAUUCACGUGGGGGUUACCGCAAGCUUUAAUGACUGCAGAGCUCAGCUCCAUGAUUGACGAGAACGGUGGCUACAUUCUGUGGGUACGCCGUGGACUGGGCCAGUACGCUGGCUGGGUUAAUGCCUUCAAUAGCAUCGCCAGCAACGUCUGCGACUUGCCGACGUAUCCUGUGCUAUUCUGCAGCUACGUGGAGGCGUUUCUGGCGUCUGGUUACGGCUACACGCUGACGGGCACGGAGCAGUGGCUGGUCAAGUGUUGUGCGCUGUUGUUAGUGUUCACCUCAAACGCCGUUGGCAUGCGUGCUGUGGCGCUGGCAUCAGUGCUAAUGUCACUGUUUGUACUGGCACCGUUUGUACUGGAGCCGCUGUCGGUGGAGACGUUUAACCUCGCGACGUGGGGCAGCGUAGCGCCACAGAUCGACUGGUCGCUGUUUCUCUCCACGAUCCUGUGGAACUACCAAGGCUGGGACUCGUUGGGGUGUGUCGCAGGUGAAGUGAAAGACGGCGGCAGGACGUACCCGAUUGCCAUAGUGAUCGCAAUGAUCCUAAUCACGAUCAACUAUGCGUUCCCAGAGACUAUUGCGAUGACGCUUGCUCCGUGGCUGGGCGUAUGGGUUGGCAUGGCUGCUGUGGUCGCUACACUAGGAGAGUUCAACGUCGUGAUGGCGUGCAGCUCACGCGCGUUGUGGGCCACAGCAGACUACAAGAUGCUGCCCUCCUGUCUCGCUAUUGAGUGGAAGCGCUUUGGAACGCCCAUUGCAGCCGUGAUCUUCCAGACUGUGACGACAGGUGUGCUCAUGAACUUCUCGUUCGAGUUCUUGGUAGUGCUUGACACGUUCUUUAACAAUCUCACGUUGUUGCUCGAGUUCUUCGCGUUCCUGCGUCUCAAGUACAUCGAAAAAGACACGGAGCGUCCAUUUGUGGUGCCGUUCGGCAACGUCGGCGCUUGGACAAUCACGUUGCCCAAGAUCGUGGUGCUCUCGGCUGUGCUACUCGCUCAGAAACGCCAUGUAUGGGUGACCUGUGGGCUGUUUAAUGUGGCCGUGUCCAGUGCGUAUCUGGUUUGGCGCCGCUUCCAGCCAGCUCCCCAGGGCACGACCGAAUCCUCCACCACCUCGUACGGCACCGGUCACUUGUCUUAG